GUUUCAAACUCAGACCGCGGCUGUGUUGUUGUGUUUAGCUUAACGUUAGUUAGUACACAAAAGAGUAUUCUUCUGUUCCCGUAGCUAAUGUCCCAAGUAUAACUGUCAGGAUGAUGGAAUCAUGCCUGAACAGCGAGGCUGACAGACGGGAACAAGUAGAGGUCAACGAUUUGAAGAGAGAGCUCUCGUCUGAUUGCAGCACCCUACCAGACCCACAGCACUCCAGCACCGAGGAGAGAGAACACCUGCAGGUCUACCUCCGCAUCCGACCUUUCACCUCAGCAGAGAGCGAUAAUGGCGAGUCACAGGACUGUGUUACCAUCGAGCCUCCUGACACAGUUCUGCUGAAGCCCCCCAGUUUGUCCCUCUCAGCCAGGCUCAGCACCGAUAAACCACUUCUACAGACUGGACAGCGCUUCCAGUUCUCUCGGGUGUACGGUCCCGACACAGCACAGAGAGAGCUGUUUGAAGGCACAGUAAAGGAUUUGGUGAAAGAUGUUCUGGAAGGAGGAAACUCUCUGGUUUUCACUUACGGAAUCACCAACGCCGGGAAAACCUUCACAUUCUUGGGUCCAGAUGCUGAUGCCGGUAUCCUGCCCAGGUCUCUGGACGUAAUCUUCAGCAGUAUCGAUGAAAGAGUUUUCACUGGGAUGAGCAUCAAACCUCACCGCUGCCAAGAGUUCACAAGACUCACCAGGGAGCAGCAGGCGGAGGAAGCUGCGUUCAAGAGAAACCUCUUCAGACAACUUAAAGAGAGUGAGAGGAGCAACGCCAGCCUGUUGAACUCGACCAAUAAGACGAUCCUUGAAGGCUCCUCCGUGCUCGGGACGACUGUAGCAGCAGCAGCAGCAGCAGAAGAAGAAGGAAUUAGCCUGGAGGUAGAAACAGACACUAGAUUCUCUGUUUGGGUUUCUUUCUGCGAAAUCUACAAUGAGAACAUUCAUGACCUCCUGGAGGUGGUGCCCAGCCGGGCCCUGAGGCGGACUCCUCUCCGUCUGUCACAGGAUGUCAAAGGCAACACCUUCGUCAAAGAUCUGCGUUGGGUUCAGGUGAACUGUGCUGAAGAAGCUUACAAGGUGAUGAAGUUUGGCAAGAACAACCAGAGCUUUUCCUCCACCAGACUCAACCAGCUGUCCAGCAGGAGUCACAGUGUUUUCUCCGUCCGCAUUUUGAGGAUUGAAGAUGUGGGAACUCCAAGAGUCCACACAGUCAGCGAGCUGUGUCUGUGUGACCUGGCCGGCUCGGAGCGAUGCGCCAAGACGCAGAAUAAAGGAGAACGUCUAAAAGAAGCCGGAAACAUCAACACCUCGCUGCUCAUCCUGGGGAAAUGCAUCAACGCGCUACGACACAAUCAGCAGGCCAAGCUGCUUCAGCACGUCCCCUUCAGGGAAAGCAAGCUGACCCACUACCUGCAGGGCUUCUUCUGUGGUCGAGGUAAAGCCUGUAUGAUCGUCAACGUCAACCAGUGUGCCUCCAUGUACGACGAGACUCUCAACGUCCUCAAAUUCUCUGCUGUGGCACAGAAGGUCGUGGUUCUGCCCACCAGGACCCUUCCCAUCAUAGCCCAGAGGUCUGCCAGCGAGGUCUCGUUCAUCAACAGCGGUGAGACGAAGACUCUUCGCGGCAGCAGGAGGAGCUCCCUGAUUGGCUGGGAGAGUAGCCUGGAGGAUGUACAGGAGGAUGAGGAUGAUGAGUAUGAGGAAGGAAAGAGCGUGAUGGAGGACACUAUGGAUCAAAGCGGUGGUGAAGAAGACGGCGAUGAAAAUGAUGAUAAAGUUCUCAUCAGUAAAAAGACGCACCAGAAGCAGACGACGCUGCUGAAACAGCUGCAGGUCCAGCUGAAGAAGGAGCGAGCGGAGAGCCUCCUCAUGGAGGUGCGAGUCAGAGACGAAAUCAGCAGAGAGUUCUCCGAGCUCUUCUCUGAAAUGCAGAAUGACUACAAUGACCGCCUGGCGAGGGAGAGAGAGAUCCUGGAGGAACAAGCUGAAAGGAGGCUGGAGAUCUUCAAGAACCUUAUUGACAAAAUGGUCACCGAUGGAUCCAGUCCGGACGCACAAGCCGUGGGCAACUCUCUGGACUCCUACUCGUCUGACUUGGCCGGCAUGAAGAAGGUCCCCGAGGCUGCUGGUAGCUGUCCGGGUUCAGGCCGAGCAGGACCUCAGGGAGACGGAUGCGACGCCGUAGAGGAGCCGGAGGUUUCGGAACUGAAUGAGCACCGGCGGAAAGUUCAAGAGCAACUGGUUCACAAAUCCGCAGGUAAAUCCAGCGGAGUAGAGGACGAGGAGAAAAGGAGUCUUCUCUCUCAGCUCCAGGAGAAAACAUCAGAGGUGGCCCAGCUGGAGAAACAAGUGGCAGACCUCGGGAGUUCACGUGAGGGAGAGCGGCUGCAGGAGUUGUCGGCUGCCCUUGAGAGGGAGAAGAAAGCCAGAGAAGACGCCCUCGCUGUGUUGGAGUACCAAACCAUGGGGAAAGAGGAGGCAGUUGCAUCCUUGGAGGAGGAGAGAAAAGCAAGAGAGGAGACCCUCAUCACCCUCAGAGAUCUGAAGCAAAGCAAAGAGGAAGUGAUGGCGUCACUCGAAGAAGAGAGGAAGGGCAAAGAGGAAGCCGUGGCAGCCCUUGAAGAAGAGAGGAAGGGCAGAGAGGAAGCUGUGGUGGCACUCGAAGCUGAGAAGAGAGCCAAAGAGGACGCGGUCACAACCCUUGCAGAAGAGAAGCGAAGCAGAGAAGGAGUACUCGCUGCUCUCGGUGAAGAGAAAAUCGGCAAAGAAGAGGCUCAGUCUGUCCUGGCGAUGGAGAGGAAGGAGAUCACCAAGCUGGUUGAGGAGAGAGAAAAAAUGCAACAGGAGGGUGACGCACUUCGGCAGGAAGUCAGAGAGCUGACUGACAGGUUGAACGCCACAGAGCGCCAGGUGACCAGCGAGACGGAGAGAGCUGAACAAGCCUUAGUCCAACUACAAGCUGCCCAGACACAACUGGAUGAACACGGCAAAGAGAUCCAGGAGAAGACUUCCCAGAUCCACCGCCUGACUCAGGAGGUUCAAGGCCUGAAAGAGGAGCUGCGGACCACAGCGGCGUCGUCUGCUGGUGUCGAUGAACAGCUGAGAGAGGAAGUGUCUGACCUUAAGAAGAAUCUGGCCGAGGAAAAGGCCAAAAACGACAGCAAGCAGAAACAGAUACUGGAGCUGCAGGACGAGCUAGCACAAGCAAAAGAACAACUCGCUAACAAACAGGUGAUCUCAGACCAGCGACUGGAACAGCUCACCGAGAAGCUGAACCACCAGGAAGCAGCUUCCAAACAACAACUCGAGGAGCUGAGAAAGAAACUUCAAGAGCAAGAAGAGACGUCGCGGCUCGAGCGUGAAGAGCACGCCUCCAAAGAAGAAGUGAAACAGCUGAGAGCAAAGCUCGAAGAACAAACACGGGCCUCUGAGAAGCAGGUGGAGGAGCUCAACGAGAAGCCGCGAGAACAAGAAGUGAUGUCACGGAAGCAGCUGGAGGAGUUAAAAGACAAACUGAGUGAAGAAAAAGCAACAUCUGACCAACUUCUCAACGAUCUAAAGCAGCAGCUCAGUGAGCAGGAGCAGACUGCAGAGCUGCUGAAGACCAAACUAGAGGAAGCUAAGUGCAGAAAAUCAAACGGUGCCUCUAGCUCUGCCACCGAAGAGGAUCUCAAGAGGUUGAACUCUGACCUCCAGACUGAAGUCGCAACCUUGAGGGAAAAAGUCGCCAACAUGGAAGAAAAGAAACGGAGUCCUGGUGAACCUCAACUAGCCUCUUCAGAGACGGAGAAAACACUAAAAGAAAAAGAAGAUGAGCUGGCAGAGUCUAAGAAAGCGUCAGCGGAGAGAGAAGCGGAGCUGCAGAAGAAGCUGCUGGAAAAGGAGGCGCAGGUAACAUCCCUGCAGAAGAGCCUGAAGGAGGCGCAGGAGCGGCGGGAGGAGGAGGAGAGCCAGGCGGUACAGGAGGCCCGGCGCAGGGAGGCGGAAAGACGCAGGGAGUUGCUGGCCGUGGCGCACGAGGCCAUCGCUCAGAAAGAUGAAGAGCUGGAGAAGAGAGCCGAAGAGAUCAGCAGACUAAAGGUAAAUGCCAAGCAGGACUCGGAGAAAGUCAAGAGCCUCGGCCUCGACCUUCAGAGGAAAGAAGACGACACCUCGGACCUCCGAGAGAAACUAGCCGACUACAAGAAGCAGAUCCAGCAGGUCCAGAAAGAGAUCUCAGCCAUGAGAGAAGAGGAGAAAGCUUUGAGGCAAAAGAUGACUGACGCAGAAAAAACGAAGAAGCAGCUUCAGUCCGACCUGGCCAACAGAGACAGAACCAUCCAGCAACUCAAAGUGGAACAAUCAUCCGACACGAAGUCUGAUCAGACGCUGCAGCUCUACCAGAAAGCCUGUAAAGAUCUGGAGGCGAAGGAGAGCAUCAUGGAGGGAAUGCGUUUGGCUCUGACGGAACAGGAGGAGACGCAGGACGAGAUGGAGCAGGUCCUGGAGGAGAAACUAAACCUCAUCCAGGAGCUCACCGGUGAGGUUGAGAAGCUGAGAGGAGCAUUUCUGCAGCAAGACCGUGGAAACAAUCCGCUCUAUCAAACAGACAACCCAUCAGAUGACCUCAAAGCGGCCAAACGGGAAGCUGCUCAGGCUCAGGAAAGCUUAAAGCUGUGUACAGAGAAACACCAGACAGAACGUAAAAAGUGGCUGGAGGAGAAGCUGUUCCUGAUCGGCCAAGCUAAAGAAGCAGAGGACAAGAGGAACCAUGAGAUGAGGAAGUUUGCAGAAGACAGAGAACGCUACACUCGGCAGCAGAGCCAGCUGGAGUCCCUGACGUCCCAGCUGGCGGAGAAGGAGCAGACCAUGGAGCAUUGGAGGAAGGAGAGAGACACCCUUGUUGCAGCUCUGGAGGUCCAGCUCCAGAAACUUCUCUCCAGCCAGGCGGAGAAAGACAAACAAGAGAGCGUAGACGGCGGCGGCGUCAGUGUGGCAGAACUUCAGGCUGCUCUGUCGGAGAGAGAGACAGAGAUCUUGAGACUGAAGGAAGAGCUGAAGGCUGCGACGACCAAACAGGUGGAAACCACCACGCAGGUCAGGAGUGAACAGGUCAGAGCACACCACAGAGAUAACAGCCUGGCGGAGAGUGAAACCAUUAACAGGAAGUCAGGAGGAAGGAGAGACAUCAGAGCGUCAGUCAGCAGUCAGGGCUCCGCUGGUUAUCCGUCCGUGUUGGACUCCUCUGAGAUUUCCACAGAAAACGGCCGGACGAGUCGUUUCCCGCGUCCCGAGCUGGAGAUCUCCUUCAGUCCCCUGCAGCCGAACCGCAUGGCGCUGCGACGCCAGGGAGAGGAGAACGCCGUCACCGUCAAAAUCACGCGCUCGGCACGCAAGAGGAAGAGCGGAGAGAUGGAGAAGGAAGAGGUGGAGGCAGAGAACAGAAGGAACACGAGGACCAAAACGAUGCCAAAGAUGACCCCACACCAAGAGGAGGUCUCUUCCCCGGCGAAUCGCCAUGACUCCCAGAGCAGCAUCCGCAGCAAAAAGGAGGGAACGCUGCAGAAGAUCGGAGACUUCCUGCAGAGCUCCCCCACGCUGCUCGGCACUAAAGCCAAGAAGAUGAUGAGUCUGGUUAGCGGUCGGAGUGAUGCAGACUUGGCAGCCCCAUCGUCCUCCUCCUCCUCUUCAUCCCUCAGUCUGAGAGCCAAGAAGAAAAAAAAACUGUACCGUCCUGAAAUCUCCUCCCCCAUGGACAUGCCCUCACACCCAAUCAUCACCAGAGAGCCGGAGGAGAAAGACAGCGACCAUCAGAUCAUUAAAAGGCGUCUUCGCUCCAGGCUGGUUAAAUAAUUAACCUUCAUACACUUCUGGACACCUUUUUUUUAUUAUUAUUAUUAUUAACACUAUCUUAAAUGAAGGAAGCAUUUAGCUGCUUACAAGCCCAGCACAUUGAUAUAUAUAUUCUAAGUAAUCUUAUUUAAUCUUAACUUCUCAAUAUUUAACAGUUUAAGUAGAUUUUUUUUAUAGUAUGUACAGCUGGUUAUGUGGCUGUUAAAGGAAUAGUUCUUGUAAUGUGUAUACACUUAUUCACUUUCUUGACAAGAGGUUGAUGAAAAGAUUGAUAUCAGUCAUGUGUUUGUGAAGUACGGAGCUAAAGUCCUGUCAAAAGUUAAAAAACAAAAUCUGCCCAACAACACUCCAAACAUUUGGUUUGUUUAAUCUGUGGUUCUAGAGAAACUUAAGCUAAACUUCUUAUUUAUGUUUACUGUUUAUUGCUGCUCUGCAUGUAUCAAAGUAUAGUUGUAGUAAGUGUUUGCUUGGUUAUAUGUGCCAAAACGGUCUGUUGUUGUUGUAUUAUUGUACGAAUGUUUUGCUGUUUCUUGUGGCUCGACAUGACUUGUGUUCUGUCUUGAGAAUUGUUUUGUUGUUGUUGUUGUUGUUGUCUUUAUGGCGUCUUGUUGUCUUCGUUCUGUAAAUUUCAUUACUUUAGGUUUCAAAACAUCUCGCCAAAAGACUGCAGUUGAAAAUUAGCCGGCCGGCUAACACAUUUACACGUUGUACACUGGCACAUUUACAGAAAUGUUGAUUUUGCUUCAUGAACAACAGUUUAUCCAUCUGAGCAGCAUCUCUCCUCAUGCAGUUUGCAAAGAAAUAGUUCCAAACAGAAUUUUAAAACCAUAACUUGUAUUUUUUACAUUUUUGUUUGUAUACGGAUUUAACAAAAUAGCUGUGUGUUAAUUAUUGUGAGUAGUUGACAUAUUUUUGAAUGUUGGGCAGAAGCUGUUUCCACUUGCUUCAGUCUUAAUGCUAAGCUAAGCUAAUAGCGUCCUCGCUCUAGCUCCAUACUUAAUGCAGAAGCUUGAGUGGUAUCGAUGUCCUCAUGUAACUCUCAGUAAGAUGAAGUAUCUCAAAACUAUUCCUUUACAGUACUGCUCUAUAACUGAACAGCUGCUGAAUAGUUUCUUUAAGUGAUGUUGCGUCCAGAUCUUUUCUGUAAAUCUUAUAGACGAAAAAUGAUUUUUUUUUUUUUUUUUUACUCAAAGUGCAAUUUUGUAUUGAAAGUUAUGGGCUGUGUUGGAGUUUUCAUUGUUUAUUUUUACUUCAUGUAAGUAAACUACGACAGUUAAAAUGUUGUCGGUUUUCCAAUGUUUCCAAUGUUUCCUGUUUGUUAAAGGCAGAUGCAACAGAAACUUUUUUUAUUGUAACGUAAACCACUAACCAGACUAUUUUCUGAAAGCAAUAGUAACACUUUGUCUCACGUUGUCUUAAGCAAUUUUUUAUUUCUUUUUCAUAACAGUUCAGAUAGAAUAUCGCUGUGUUCACCUCAUAUUCAGCUGUGAAAACACACUCGCUAAACUCCUACUGCACUUUAUCUCUCUCCUCGAACAAAUGUAAGAAAAAGAAAAACAUAUGAUUGCACACUUAAGCUACAUAAAUGUAUCGAUGAUUCUGUCGUAGACUUUUUACUUAAACAUCUUCGUGCAGUUUCCUAGUGAUAGUUCAGAUUUGGUGUCUAGUUGUAAAGAAACUGACAUAUUGAGCUCAUUGAGUUGAAGCUUCAUAUUUGUCUUUUGUACAUUAAAGUUUUGUCAGGCUGCCUGGUUUAAAAAAAAGUUUCAUUCCUGAUUUGUUGACUGUUUUCUGAAAUCAUGCACUUUUCUAUAUUUUCACCUCUUUUUUUAAAAAAACCUAAUACAUACUCUGCUGCCUCACCA